GAGUCGCGGCCUGUGCGCACUCCGAAGUUGCCGGGACACUCUAGGCGUGCUGCUGCUUCUCCAGCUCUGUCGGUCUCGGCGGCCCCCCACGAGGGUCAGUAUGCCUCGGUACGCGCAGCUGGUGAUGGGCCCCGCCGGCAGCGGAAAGAGCACAUACUGUCACACCAUGGUCCAGCACUGUGAAACCCUGAACCGCUCAGUGCAAGUGGUGAACCUGGAUCCUGCAGCUGAGCACUUCAGCUACCCUGUGAUGGCAGACAUCCGAGAGCUGAUUGAGGUGGACGACGUCAUGGAGGAUGACUCACUGAGGUUCGGCCCCAACGGCGGCCUGGUCUUCUGCAUGGAGUACUUUGCUAACAACUUUGACUGGCUGGAGAGCUGUCUUGGGCACGUGGAAGACGACUACAUCCUGUUUGACUGCCCAGGGCAGAUCGAGCUCUAUACUCACUUGCCGGUGAUGAAGCAGCUGGUGGAGCGCCUGCAGCAGUGGGAGUUCCGCGUCUGUGGGGUGUUUCUGGUGGAUUCUCAGUUUAUGGUGGAGUCGUUCAAGUUUAUCUCUGGAGUUAUGGCUGCCCUCAGCGCGAUGGUGUCUCUGGAAAUCCCGCAGAUUAACAUUAUGACCAAGAUGGAUUUGCUGAGUAAGAAAGCGAAGAAGGAAAUAGAAAAGUUCCUUGAUCCUGACAUGUAUUCAUUGAUAGAGGAUUCUACGGGCAUCUUAAGAAGCAAAAAAUUCCAAAAGCUGACGAAUGCCAUCUGCGGAUUGAUCGAUGACUACAGCAUGGUCCGGUUUUUGCCCUAUGACCAGUCGGACGAAGAAAGCAUGAACAUAGUCCUUCAGCACAUUGACGUCACCAUUCAGUACGGAGAAGACUUGGAGUUUAAAGAGCCAAAGGAAUCUGAAGAAGAAAAAUCAUCUAUGUUUGAUGAAUAUUUUCAAGACCGAGGGGAUGAAUGAAGAUAUUUAAUCAGAGCUUUGCAGGCAGAAUCUUACCAAGACUCAUUUUUAGCCUCAGGAAGAAGUGGAUAGAGGAUUCAUCUUUCCAAAGCAGAAAGAGUACGGCUAAUCCACAAUCUGAACGUUGUUACUUCUCCUUCCCCCCAGCCCCCCAAAGAAAAAGAUUAAUUUGGGAAAUCUACAUUGGCGAAUGUUUCCAAAUGAAGUCCCAAGUUCUCUAGGAUGUAUAUUAUUUGUUUGAGGGAAGACAGGUUCUGGGCUAUAAACAUGGCCUGACGAAGGAUUCCCAUUUAGAAGAACGACUUGAAUUUGUAAAAAGCUGGUUUGAGACUCCUAUUUAUUCAAUGUGUACAGAUAAGCCCUUGGUGCUGCUGUUUGUCCUAGGCAGGGGCCCAAUUUACUGUCAUUUUGGGGAAAGGAUAGUUUGCAUUGUGGUGUGGAGGUGUCAGAGAGGGAGAUUGCAGCUUGCUGUCAAGAAGGAAGACUUCCUGAUGACUGGAGCUAACCCCAGAUGGCAUGGGGCUCCUCGGGAGCCGGUGGCCUGCCCAGCUUCCCACAAAGGCAGAGCAUGAAUGAAUGAAUGAAGGUUCAGAUUGGGCCAGAUGGCCUGAGGGUUCUCCUCACUCAGAGAUUCUUUCCUGUGGUUUUGCUGUUGGAAAAAUGAUUGCAUUCCCCUCCCUCAGAAUAGAUUGCUUAAAAAUUACUUUUAUAAUAAAAAUAAUAAUAAAAAAUAAAA